AUGGUUGUUGUUGAGACUUAUCUCACUUAUCUGACAGUAACAUCAGAACAAGCCCGGAAAAUUCUUCGUUGCAAAGACUUCAAGAUGCGCCUGUCGUUGCAGGAGGAUGAGCAUCAGCAAGAGAAGGAGGAAGAAGAAGAGCAGCAGAAGCAGGAGGAGGAGCAUCAGCGAGAGGAAGAGGAGGAGCAGCAGCAGGAUGAGGAGAAGCAGGAGGAGAAGCGGAAGGAGGAGGAAGAGGAGGAGCAGCAGCAGAAUGAGGAGAAGCAGGAGAAGAAGCAGAAGGAGGAGGAAGAAGAGGAGCAUCAGCAAGAGGAGGAGGAAGAAAAGCAGGAGAAGCAGCAACAGGAGGAGGAGCAGCAGGAAGAAGAACUGCAGAAAGAGAAGCAGCAGGAGGAGCAGUAG